UCGUUCUUUCUCACUUCUGUUGUCGUGUCGCAGGCUCGCAGCCGCACAUCACCACCAACACACAGCUCUCUUUCUUCUCCCUCACUCCCUCCGGCAGUCCCACAAACAAGUUUCGUUCCAAUCAUUUUGUAUUCUUAGUCCUAUUUCGUUUUAUCCAUUUCGAACACAAGAAAUGAUUUCAAAUCCAUUUUGAUUCGAAAUCCUUACAAGUCCAUUGGUUCCAACAUAGAGGGUUUUAUCGCAGAAAUUUGUUUCGCCUUUUGAGUUCCCUUCGUUUGUGUCCUAUUGGGUGUUCAUACGAGUUGGAAUCAGGUUCUUUCAAUACAAAAGGGGGGUUAGCUAGUAAAAGGAGGAAAAGAUGUUGAGACACUUCCUUGGAAAUAUGCGGAAACAUGUGGUUUGUGCAUGUGAAGUGAACAGGGUCAGACCUUAUUUGCUUGUGCCAACAAGUGACUUUCAUAAGGGGGAGGUUCAUUAUGCACCCAGAAGUUUCUUUGGUGUAGAGGACUUCUUAGAUGAUGAUAAUAGUCGGCCAUAUACAUACCAGAAGGUGAAGAAAUCCAAGAAUCCAAAAAAGCAUAUAUCAUUUAAGCAACGGACGGUAGCCUACAUGGAACCAUUUACACUCGAUGUGUUCAUCUCAAAGCGGUUCGUUUCAGCAUCACUUACGCACAGGGUGACUUGCAAACAAGUUGCAGUUGCAGGUACUAACUCAAAAGAUAUCAAAGCUGUUCUCAAGUCUCGUUCAGAUAUACCUGCUUGUUUGGCCGUUGGCCGUAUUUUAGCUGAGAGGGCUAGAGAAGCUGAUGUUUAUACUGCUAGUUAUACUCCUAGGGAGAGGGACAAAUUUGAAGGCAAAAUAAGAGCCGUGGUUCAAUCUCUUAUUGAUAAUGGGAUUGAUGUUAAAAUUUAUCUCGAGUAAAACACAGCUUAUAUCGUUUAUGAAAUGACACUUCUGGAUCAUGGAUUAA